AUGCAUCUCUGCAACGGGAACAACGCAGAAGAGAGUAUCGUAACUAAAGGCAUGUCCGAAUCCCAGGGCCUCGUUCAGACAAAGCUCUGCCGGACCCACUCAGCGGCUCCGCCUUGUGGCUGCAGUUGGCCGAGCGCCAAACCCUCGGGGCUUUUGCCUCGAGGUAGCCUCAGGGUCAGUGGCAGUGUUGGCACAAGUCCACAGAAUAGCCCAGCAUGGACUGACAGAUCCCGAGUCGAGUCGGUCGAGAUGCGUGCUAAACGUAGGAGGGUACCGUUCCAAUGCAAGAGAACUCCUCCGAUUCAUCAUUUGGUCAGACAGUAA